CGACAGUAAAUGUCACUGCUGGGGGACAGACAGUAGCAAAGGCGGGAGGCUAUUUUCGUGAGCCAUUUGUACAGACACUAUAAAUCUGAUUGAUUAUUCUCCAUUGUCUCUCGUGUUGGAACUUAAAACAAGCAUGGCUGAUGCACCUAAAAAGUCAAAGAUCUCAUCCUCGCGGAAGCUGGGGUUGAAGAUUAAACUGUUGGCAGUUGCAGCUCAGAUGCUGCAGGAGGAGAAGGAGCACAAGAUCAAGGAGAGAGAAGCUGCUCUGGCAGAAAGAGUUCCUCCUCUUAAUCUGUCUGGUCUGUCGCUGCAAGAGCUGACGGAUCUCUGCAGAGACUUGCACCACAAGAUAGACGUUGUAGAUGAGGAGCGCUAUGACAUUGGCCUCAAAGUGUCGAAAAACGACAAGGAGAUUGAAAACAUGAACCUAAAGAUCACCGAGAUCCAGAGCAAGUUCAAGAAACCUACCCUGAGGAGAGUGAAGAUCUCAGCUGAAGCCAUGCUGAGUGUUCUGCUGGGCUCCAAACACAAGGAGUCCUUCGACUUCAAGGCCAACCUCAAGACGGUCAAGAAGGAAGAGGAAAAGAAGGAGGAAGUGACUGACUGGCGUAAGAACGUGGAGGCCAUGUCUGGGAUGGAGGGCAGAAAGAAGCUGUUUGAUGCCUCGGGCAACUAAAAACAUUUACUUUUGUGAUUUAUUCUUCUAAUAAGUGCUUAACAUUAUUUCUCUUACCUAUAUAAUAUCGUUUUAUGAAAUGCAGGUAAUAACACCCUUAAAACCAGAACAGUCGUGCUUGUUGUAAUUUUAUACAAAUAGCAGACAACACAUCUUAAGAAGGACUGCAGGCGUCAAGAGGUCUUUAAAUUAUUUUCCAAAUAGAUAAUCUGAAUUUUACUGAUACUGACUAUAAUAUAUACAUCAGUAUUUAAAGAAAUGGUUUUUGCUUUGCUGUUUGCAGUAGUUCUCUUCUGCAGCCUUGUGAUGGCAGCAUGACUCUUUCAAAACCUGACUGGAUACUCGGAUGCUUCGUUUGUCCCUCGUAAAUAAACAACUGCUUGUGUGUUAUCUGCUGUCUUGGCAUCUCAGGCAAUAUUUACUGGCUGUUAAAAAUAUAAUGCUCAGAUAUUAUGGUUGCAGUCUUUGUUAAAGCUGGAGUACGUUAUCUUCACAUAUGCUUUAUGUACUUGAUACAAACAUGAAACCAGUGUUGCUCUCUCAAUGAAAAAGACAAUCAUGUCAUUGUCUUCCUCCAAAGUACAAUAAAAUAAUCACUUAAACUGUA